GUACUUCCUUAGUUACUACAAUAAUAACAAUAGUGUAAUAGUCAGGCUACCUGGACCUAAUACUGCGGUUGUAAUUAUAAUAUUUAGAUCUAGAGCUGCAUAUAUUUUAAUGCUUAUUUAAAACGUUCAUUACGUUUUUUUUUCUAGAUUUUAUUAAACCUAGAAGGUAAAAGCUUUCUUUUAGGCACAUCUUUCAUAUUAACAUUACAAGCGGAGCAACAUAAAUCAAAAGAAAAUGAUGGUAUCAAAACACAUUCCCAGAACCAGAGAAUACAGAGGAAUUCAACCAAACUCCGUUGCAAUUAAAGCAAAAAUGCCAUCAAAACGUCCUCCAGAUUGGUUAGUCAUGAAGAAUAGAGAGACAGAAGAACGCAUCAAAGCCCUUCAGUUUGAAGUCAAAGAUCAGCAUAUGCGAAAUAUACGAACAGAUUUUGAAACGUCAGGAGAUAAAAAAUUUCUGCAACUUAACAUCAGAAGCCGUAUUCAGUCACUGACCAAGGCUAAUGAAUAUAAUUUAGAAUGUAGAAGAGAAAAACUUCGCAACCUAUUUGAACUGGAAGAAGCAAAUUACCUGAAGGAAAUGGAUGAACAGCAAGAAACAGUUAUAGAAAGACAGGCAAAAAUGAGAGAACGAGCCAAAUUUCUCAAGGAUAAAAGAGAAGCUGAAAGAUUAGCUUUUGUUCAAGAAAAAUAUGACCAACAAUUUAAGGCACAGUGUGAGGAGUUAAGAUCCACUUUAAGCAAAAGGCAUCAGGAUCAAGUUUGUCUUGAGAGAUUGGAGCAGCUUAGACAUAAAGAUGAGAUAGCUCAAGAAGAAAAAGCCAUAUCAGACAUGUAUGAUAAACUUUGGGAGCAAGACAUGUUGGAAAAAGCCGCUCGUGAAGAGAGGGAAGCAAAGGAUCUACAAGAAAGAAAUCGCGGAAUGGUAGAUGUACUUAGAAAGCAGAUGGCAGCUCUUGAGGCUCAGAAAGAGGAAGCCAACAGACUGAAAGAGGAAGAGGCUCAACUUAUGAAAGAGCAACAGGCUAUGUGGAAGAUGGAAGAUGAAAUUGCGCAUCAAGAAAAAUUACGGAAACAGCAGGCUACCAGGGACAUGCUUGAUCAUUCCUUGGCAUUCAAAGCAAGAAAGAAAGCUAAAGAAGAGCAAGAGCAAUUAGCAUUUGAUUUGAAAAUAUUGGAACAACUUAUUGAAGAAUCUCGUAAUGAAGCUUUGGAAACAAUGCAGCGAAAGAAAGAACUUCGUGAAGAAGAUCAGCGUUUCAGAAGUUAUCUUAAGCAAUUGAUGGAAGAUGAGAAGGCUAGAGAAAAGGAGCUUGAAAAGUUAAUUCAAAAUGAAGUUGAAGCAGCAUGGGAGAAACGUAUUGAUCAGUGGCGUAAGGAAAGAGUGGCCAGAAAACUUCUUUUGGAGGAUGUCAUGGCAGGAAGAGCCAAACAGAUACAAGAAAGAUUACAAGAAAAUCAGCGACAACAACUGGAAGCUGCUAGAGAAAAGGAAGAAUUGCAGCAAAAAAUAGCAGAGAAUCAAAGGUUGGAAGCUGAACAGACUUUGAAGCAUAAACAAGCUUAUAUUAAUCACCAGAAUGAUCUAAUAAGUCAGAUAGAAUAUAAUUCAAAGCUUCGUGAAGAGGAGAGAGCAUAUGAAUUAGAUGAAUAUCUGAAAGCUCAGCAAGCUGAGAGAGAGUACCAAACUAGAAUAAAACAGGUUUUAGAUAACCCUACACAUGAUAAACUUCAUCCUAUGAGGCGGGCAAUGUUGAAUCAAGCUCAAAAUCAGACUUUGUUUUAAAACAUUUUUUUAAAAAACUUUUUGUUCAACUGAAUGGAGUUGUUCCGUAUUUCUUCCAUGUCAAGUGGAAGUGUUGUUUACAUUAAUGGCCUCAUUGAUCUCAUUGUAAUUUGAAUAUGAAAAUGGUCUAGAUCUCGACAUCUUUAAGUAAUAAAAAGUAUGUUACAAUAAUUCACUAAUUGAUAUGAUUAUUUAGUAGAUCUACAAGGAAGACAUUGCCAUUAUUGUCAUGUAUAAGACCAUAACCACUUGACUUAUUUUAAAGUAGGUCAGAUAUUCGGAACAACCCCAUUAAAUCUAAGUUAAGUUUAUGAAUUCACUAAAGUUAUAUUUGCUUUAAGAAACAUCCUUUUUUUUUGAAGGAACAAAUACAUGUACCAUGCUAAUAAAUCAGCUUUAUUAAAUUUAAAAUACUUUCUUUGAUAUCAUUGUAAAAUGUUACUUUGAACAUAGGCCAAUCUUUUACCCUAAUGUAGUCAUAUUUUCUACGUUCAUUUAGUUCACUAAACACUUUUUUUUUAAAUUUGUAAGUGAAAUAGAUUUCAGUACAUGCAAUGGUCUCACAGUUGUUGCGAGGCAUACUGUAAUACUAUAAGCUUUUCUCUAUUUAAAUACCUUUCACUUCUCUGUAAACACAAGGAUCUUUUCUAGAGUUGGUUUAUAUACUGUGCUGGAGCUGCUGAUCAGUAUUUAUGACUAUUAUUUUUAUAGUUCUUCAAAUAGAAUAUUUUUCUAUAAAUUUGAAGGCUGUUACAACUUUCUCUAAGCAAUAUUGGGAUAUUCACUUUUAUUUUAUAGGCUUCAAAAAAUUCAAAAUAACUUAAGUUUACAAAGCUUUUGUUUUUAUAAUUAUAUAUUUAUAUAAAUUUAUUAAAUUUUACAAUUCUAUGUUGAACUUGAACUUAAAUGACACUGCAUUAAGUUUGUGAUAUUUCACAGUAUACUUGUACAUAUAUCUAUUUAAAAACAUUUUCACUAAAAAAUUGUGCAAGCUUGGUAACAUUUUUAACCUAUUUGAUGAGAUAGGCUACUCCUGAAACAAUAAAAUUGUUUACAAUAAC